AUGUCAUUUGACUACGUGCGUAAGAUCGUGUCAGGCAAAAAAGCCAGAUUCAUAGAUCCUGACAAUGCUGUCAACUUGGAUUUGGUAUAUGUUACGGAUAGGAUAAUAAUAAUGGGAUACCCAGCUGUUGGAGUAGCAGGGUUGUAUCGAAAUAGGCGUAGAGACGUAUUGAAAUUCAUCAAUUCAAGACACGGCGAGAAAUGGUGGAUAUGGAAUUUAUGUCCCUUAUAUGAAAAUGCAUAUUCACCUGAAAGCAUGCACGGACGAGUAUCUAGAUACCCUUUUCCUGAUCACCAUCCACCACCUCUCCCACUUCUUCCCUUGGCAGUGAGGGAGAUGACAGCUUGGCUGGAAGGUGAUUCAGAAAGAGUGGCCAUCAUCCAUUGCAAAGCGGGAAAGGGUCGAUCUGGAACACUCCUUUGUUCAUAUCUCCUCUCUUUACCUGCUCUCCCUCCUCCACCUCAAUUAGAUAGUUCAUAUACGCAUAAAGAUUUGAAAAAGAGAUUAGAAGAACGUAAGAAAGAAACUUCGUCAGAAAACACGACCCCAUCAGAAGAUGAUAGAGACCGAGAUGGAUGGGUUUACGUUGGCUCAGGACAAGAUAUAACAGGUGUUCAGGUAACUGAGGAUCAAACGGAAUUAGGAAGAACAAGUACACCGGCACAUUCUGAGAAGAUCAAUGUAGCUCCUGUGACUAGAUCGACCAAUUCUUCCACAACGACUUUAUCAAACCCUUCUUCUUCACCCUCAAUCAAUAUUCAGGUCGAUACGAAUCCUCCUUAUCCCAUUGAUAUAGGAGAUGAAGGUAAUCCAGGUGAAGUAGGUCAAGAAGAUAGGAAAGAUGGAAGGGUCGACGAGGUCUUCAAACUGCAUUCUAGUAGAAGAAUGAAACCCACAAGUUCCGGAAGAGGUGUUUCCAUUCCAAGUCAAAGAAGAUGGUGCCGAUAUAUCCAUUUGCUGUUCAACAAUCAAGCUCCACCAUCUUACACAUCACCUAAACCAUCUCGUGUGAGAUUGGUAUCAAUCACACUCCUUCUCACUCCACCUUCAGGAUGGCAUAAACCGCUUGCAUCUCUUGUCAUUGGUGGGACAGGUGGAACGGGUCAAGGGAAAGCUUGGGCAUCAGUAGCGCGAUAUGACGAUGAAUAUGUCGACGAACUCAAAGCUAGAGGUGGAACGGGUCAAGGAGUAGGAGGUCAGGUUACUUGGGGCGGUGUAGGCGGUGAAGGUAGAUUUGAUACCAAUAAAAUGUUCAGAAGCUGUGGAAAAAUGAUCGCUUCAGACAUUGAUGACCUUACUACGAGCUCCUUGCCACAAGAUCACCAAGAUUACAUUGUUCAUCACCUGACACCUUCAAAAGAUUCCUUGAUAUUGGAUAGAUCUCGUGAAUUUAGAUUGAAGUUUCAUCUUGCUUCAGUACCUUUAGGUUGGACAUGGUUAAUCCCAGCAUUCCACCUUCCAGAACCACCUUCCCGGUCAUCAUUUGAACCACCUCAGAAAAGAACGCACACUUUACAUUUCCCAAGAUCUCAAAUCGAUUUCCCACUCGGUCCAGGUCAGUCCAUACAUGAGAUCCUGGUAAGACUGGAAGAAGUACCGGAAGAAGAUCGAGAAGCGACUGCGAGGUUGAUGAGCGACGAGGAAGAGAAGAAGGAAGGGGUCGAUGAGACAAAUCGAGAGUUGGUGAAAGAGGAGGGGGAAUGA